AUGGGACAAGCAGCAUCAAAAGAGGAUGAAAUGGAGAAGCAAAGCAUUUACGCUAGUUACCCUGGGCUUGAACAACAACUAGAUAUGGUUUUCGCAUGCCAUGAUAUUCAUAAGCAAGGGAAAUUACCUUACAAAACAAUAGAAAUGAUACUAAGGCAUUUCUUAAUGCAGUGUGGUUUUAUGGAAUAUGUUUGCAGAUUUGUUGACGAAAAUGGUAAACUGGACUUGAAACAUAUUGAAAAUUAUUUAACUAGUAAAAAGUUAAUGUACAAGUUGAAAUGCUGCGGAGAUAGUAUGCUUACUGUAGAAGAAAUGAAAGACUUAGUUAUUACUUUUUUAAAGAAAAUUUCAGAUACGUAUGUAGAUGAUCAAUCUAAAUGGAUGGAAAAGAUGAAAUCUUCACAAGAGGAACAAGGGAAAGCUUUAGAAGAAGCAAUGAGUGAAUAUGAAAAAAAUAUUUUGUUCAACCACGCUAUAAAGGAACAACAACUUUUACAGAAUAAUAAAAAAUUAGAUGAAUGGAAUGAAACUAUCGAAAAUGCUUAUGAAGUACAACAAGAAGUGUUACGACAAUUUGAAGCUAGAAAAAGGGAAAAAAUGAAUAUAUCAUCCGAAAAAAACAAAGACUUGCUAAUAGCUAAAGAUUAUAUUGAAAAAAUAAAAGAAGCAGCUACGGAUAAUAGAUAUGAUAACUCGAAAUGUUUUGUUUAUCCAGCUUCAUCUGCUCCUUGUGGUGCAUGCACUUCUGCAGGAGCUAUUAUGCCACACAGAAGAUAUAAAGAGCCUAGGCACAAAAAGCAGUAUUCUAUAUGCAUAUAA